GGUAGCCGCCGCCCCCGCCCCCAACCCCGCCCGGCCCAGCGCCUAGCCGAGCCCCGGGCCCAGCAUGGCCGCCCCGGAGCCGGCCCGGGCUGCACCGCCCCCACCCCCGCCCCCGCCGCCCCCUCCCGGGGCUGACCGAGUCGUCAAAGCUGUCCCUUUCCCCCCAACGCAUCGCUUGACAUCUGAAGAAGUUUUUGAUAUGGAUGGGAUACCCAGGGUUGAUGUUUUGAAGAACCACUUAGUAAAAGAAGGUCGGGUAGAUGAAGAAAUUGCACUUAGAAUUAUCAAUGAGGGUGCUGCCAUUCUUCGGAGAGAGAAAACCAUGAUAGAAGUAGAGGCUCCAAUUACAGUGUGUGGUGACAUCCAUGGCCAAUUUUUUGAUCUGAUGAAACUUUUUGAAGUAGGAGGAUCACCUGCUAAUACACGAUACCUUUUUCUUGGUGAUUAUGUGGACAGAGGUUAUUUUAGUAUAGAGUGUGUCUUAUAUUUAUGGGUCCUGAAGAUUCUAUACCCAAGCACAUUAUUUCUUCUGAGAGGCAACCAUGAAUGCAGACACCUUACUGAAUAUUUUACCUUUAAGCAGGAAUGUAAAAUUAAAUAUUCAGAAAGAGUCUAUGAAGCUUGUAUGGAAGCUUUUGAUAGCCUGCCUCUUGCUGCACUUUUAAACCAACAAUUUCUUUGUGUUCAUGGUGGACUUUCACCAGAAAUACACACACUGGAUGAUAUUAGGAGAUUAGAUAGAUUCAAAGAGCCACCUGCAUUUGGACCAAUGUGUGACUUGCUAUGGUCUGAUCCUUCUGAAGAUUUUGGAAAUGAAAAAUCACAGGAACAUUUUAGUCACAAUACAGUUCGAGGAUGUUCUUAUUUUUAUAACUAUCCAGCAGUGUGUGAAUUUUUGCAAAACAAUAAUUUGUUAUCGAUUAUUAGAGCUCAUGAAGCUCAAGAUGCAGGCUAUAGAAUGUACAGAAAAAGUCAAACUACAGGGUUCCCUUCAUUAAUAACAAUUUUUUCGGCACCUAAUUACUUAGAUGUCUACAAUAAUAAAGCUGCUGUAUUAAAGUAUGAAAAUAAUGUGAUGAAUAUUCGACAAUUUAACUGUUCUCCACAUCCUUACUGGUUGCCCAAUUUUAUGGAUGUCUUCACAUGGUCUUUACCAUUUGUUGGAGAAAAAGUGACAGAAAUGUUGGUAAAUGUUCUGAGUAUUUGCUCUGAUGAUGAACUUAUGACUGAAGGAGAAGACCAGUUUGAUGAACGGCUCAUAUAUGGCAAUAAAAAAGUAGGUUCAGCUGCAGCCCGGAAAGAAAUCAUAAGAAACAAAAUUCGAGCAAUUGGCAAGAUGGCAAGGGUCUUCUCUGUUCUCAGGGAGGAGAGUGAAAGUGUGCUGACACUCAAGGGCCUGACUCCCACAGGGAUGUUGCCUAGUGGAGUGUUAGCUGGAGGACGGCAGACCCUGCAAAGUGCUUCAGUUUCAGAAUGUGAAUCAAGGAUAUCCAUAUUACUUAAAUGGAAAUCCACAGUUGAGGCUAUUGAGGCUGAAAAAGCAAUACGAGGAUUCUCUCCACCACAUAGAAUCUGCAGUUUUGAAGAGGCAAAGGGUUUGGAUAGGAUCAAUGAGAGAAUGCCACCCCGGAAAGAUGCUGUACAGCAAGAUGGUUUCAAUUCUCUGAACACCGCACAUGCCACUGAGAACCACGGGACUGGCAACCAUGGUGCCCAGUGACCCACGGCUUCCCAGGGACUCUCACAGCUCGGGCCCCAAAUGGACAGAUCACCCGAGGAGCUGGAGGGGUCGGUCAAGCUGACUGUAAAUGUCACAGUCCCUCUGGAGAAACCAUUGUGCUUUUGAGACCCCAGCCCCCUUCCUGGAUGGAGGCUUGAGGGCCCUGGGACAUGUUGUGCUAUCUGAUAAGAUUGGGUCAUCGCUGCCAAGGUGGAGAGCAGUGAGCAAGGGGCUUGGGGCAAUUUCCAGUGGAGGGCAACUACACCUCCAUUUAUGCUUGUGGUUCACACAUUUAAGUUUACAAAUGAGAUUUCUUUUUCCCCUCAGUAGAAUUAGAUUUUGUUUUUCAACCAUAACUUCAAAUACAAUCCUAAGAGAUAAUGUGGACUUUUUUUUUCCCCCAUGAAAUGUCUUUAAAGGAUGAGUUAGCAUGGUCUUAAAAUACAUUUCCGAGGUUACUAAGCUGUGUUUUGAAUUAUGGGCAAAAUGCUGAGAAACCCAGUUGGCAUUUAUACAAAAUGCUGACCUUAGGUCUGUAGUUCCUAAAUGUGGCUAAUUCUGUAAUAUAGUCUUGGUAUUUUUCAAUUAUGAAUGCAUAACCUAUUUCUAGGCAGACUCUCUUACUUGUACACAAAUCCAAAAACUAAUUUAGAAUCUUUCUUGCCCAGAUCUUUUGAGAUUUACACCCCAGAGAUUUAAGAAGAAAAUCUCUAAAUUUCAGAAUUAUGAAGAAUUACAGAAUUACUCAUUUAAGGUACUUUAAAAGAAGUUUGUACAUUGUCAAAGUAAAUUUUAAUUCAAAUCAUGUCUGUAAAACUUGACGUAUUUUGUGUAUGCAUGUUUUCAUUUUGCAAAUAUUUAAUAUAUAGACCUAUGAUGUACAGGUACGACAUGUAUAGGUUACCUAGAUGUUAUGAGAAAUUUUAGUUUACUGUGAGUACUCAAGUUGCUUAAAUAGCCACCAGGGUGAUUUACUGCUGGCUUCCUAUCAUUUUAUGUUUUGAUGCAAAGGAAAUUUUAAAAUGUUCUGGAAGUGUUUUUGAUUAAGCAGUGCAGCAUAGAAGCAACAGUUCUGUUCAGUCAUUCAGAUGUUAGUGGAAGCAUAAAAGUCAAGACUGCAUGUUGAACAUUUUCUUUUGAUAGUUACAGAACUGCUUGGUUAGACUAAAUGGAACCAUGUGCUAAUUUUCACAAUUACUGACCUGUAUUGAUUGCCACAGUAGUUUGGUAUUUCCCUUUACUUUGGUGGCCUGCUUCCCUCAUGCCCUGGAAUACAACUCAGAGCUCCAGGCAGCGGAACCAUCUAUUGUUUGUUUGCCAGAAAGUGCACCCUGUAUGGUCUCCUUUCUAAGUUGGAAAUAUUAUGCAUGUGCAGGACUAUUUGAGUAUUUUAUAAACAGUAGCACACAAUAAAUUCCAUGCAUGGGC